AUGAGCGGACUGCGUAAGCGCGUCACAAUGGGACUGGUGCUACUGAUGUGCACGCUGAGCGGCCACCGCAGCGAGAGCGCGCCCUCGGCGGCUCCGAUGUCAGCUGGCAGGGACGUGCAGCGGGACUUUAGGCGGAUGGUGGAGAUCAUGAGACGCGCGGAGGAGAGCCGGAGUCGCCAAAUCGCGAAAACGGAAGCCCCGUUAACAACACGGGUUAGGAGUACUCCGGGGGAACCAAGGGAUUUACGCAACUUGAAAACAGACAGAGGGGAUCAGGCUGUCGUUGUAUUCCCCAGAGAUGUCAGAAAGAAGGAGAAAUUCCUUAAACACAUAACAGGUCCGCUUUACUUCAGUCCAAAGUGCAGGAAGCAUGUGUACAGGCUCUACCACCACACCAGAGACUGCACGAUACCUGCAUACUUCAAAAGAUGUGCACGGCUUCUCACGAGACUAGCUGGCAGCCCGCAGUGCACAGAGGGGUAACACACAAGGUUGAAAGAAACCACACAAGUUCUCCACGAGAAAAAAAAAAAACUUGGGAAAAAAGUGCCUCGGACAGUAAGAGGGAAGCCUAAAAUACUCUGACCAGCCCCAACUGACUUUAGGCACAGCUUUGCCCUUCAGUGAGGUCUGCUCUGCAAAAGGCGCGGAUUACUGCCAGCCACCACUCUGGGUGGGCCUCGAUGGUUGGCUGUCACCACGAGGGAGCAACAAGCCAACAAAACCAGACCAAGAUAAAGAUGGUGAAGAGUGGGUAAAGAAACAAGUGGCUGAUAGAAACAAACAUGGGGCCUAUUUUCCUGCUGGCAUCCAAAAAGAUAUUGCUAAAAAAGGGAUUGCAUAUUUUUAGUUUGCUCAUUUCUUUAAGAAAAGAGCAAAAUCAAAAUGUUUUAAGUAUGUUUUUGCAGUUGGUUUGCUCUGUGAGUGUUGUGGGUUGAGCCCAUCCCUUCUGCUGCACUAUCCCAAACAAAAAGCUCCCACAGACCCCUGGCGUCAGUCACUGCAUCGUUUCACCCACUUUGUGCUCACACUGAGAAAGAACUGUGAUUAAAUUAUUGAUUGCAUGAACAUUUCUCUGCGUCUUUGCAAGACAUGUUAAAAAAAGGAAGUGGCAGUUGGAAGUCACGGCCCUCCUGUGGAUCUUGGCAGUGUGUGGUAAAGUUUAUAUUUAUAUUUUUUGAGUUGUCACAAGGUUUCACUGUACAGACCAUAGGCCAUAAGAGAAAUAUGUACAUACUGCAAAGCAAAGCAUAAGAGAAAUUCACCUAUCUACCGUAAAUUAAAGUGA